AUGAAGAAGAGGAAGACCAAUGUUGAUGGUGAAAGUUCAAAGAGAACUGAACUAGAAGAAAUUUUGGAAAAUCUUCCUUCAGACCCUGCACGUCAAAAGCGCAUCUUGGAUUAUGAUCCAAAUAUUCGUGAUCAAGCUCUUAUGAAUCAGAAACAUCAUUUGGAGUCAGCUAUUAGUCGUCAAGUUGAAGCCUCUAAGCAGAACUAUUACACUCAUUUGAAUGCUUCAAUUGAUUGUGUUCCUUUCUUGUUGCGUGUGAAGGCUGUCGCCUUUGAUAAUACUCCUGGAAAUGUACAAUUGAAAUCACCUGCUAUACAAAAAGAUAUUUUAAAUACAACUGUUGUGGAAACUCUUAAUGCAAUCAUGUUUGACAUGAGUAAUGCACCAUUUUCUAUUUUGGUUGAUGAAGCUCGGGAUAGUUCAGUAAAAGAGCAGAUAAAUGGGUUGAGCAUAUCCAAUCUGCGAGGACAGGGCUAUGAUGGGGCUAGUAAUAUGCAAGUGACAAAAGUGGUUAACCUUGUUGGAGGAUCAUGUAAACGCCGUGAUCUUCUUCGGGAGCAGCAACAAAAUGAACUCAUAGAUGCUCUUCAAAAUAAUGAGCUUCCAAGUGGAAGAGGAUUGAAUCAAGAAACUACUCUUAAACGUACAGGUGAUACACGUUGGGGAUCACAUUACGGUACCUUACUGAGCAUUAUCUCUAUGUUUUCUUCUACUGUUAAGGUGAUUGAAAUGAUUAGUGAAGAUGGGACAAAUGCUGAUCAAAGAGGGAAAUGCAAUCUGCUGAGAAAUGAUCAAGAUAUUGUCAAUGUUAUGGAUUUAGUGAAGGCAAGCAAGCAACAACUACAAAGAAUGAGGAAGGAAGAAUGGCUUGCACUUCGUCAUCUGGGUCUUUCUCAGAAUCUCAGAUGCUUCUUUGCUCUGUUUGGAGUUUCAUAUGGAGAGCAAGGUGUUGAAGAAGUUUAUGCCAAAGAGAAGCUGAUACUUGUUACAGGAAUGCUGAGGUUUAGCCAGCUAUGUAAAGAGUACUAA